UCAGCGCUGGGACAAUAGAUCUAGAUUCCAAUUAGAAUUUUGCUUAGUCAGUCUUAUAUUGCGGCUUAUUAUUAAAUUAUAUUUUACUGAGUAACGUAGUAAGAAUUCUACAGUUAAUAUUAAACCCAAAAAGUGUUAGUUUAAUUUACUUUACAAAAGAAAACCUAAAAAUGGAUCCGGGUAUUCUUUGUUUCCACCAUUGUGAACACAAAGUUUUUUGUACCAUAAUACCCGAAAAUUGUCCUGUUUGUCAACAGAAACUGGAUAGAUAUGACUACAAUUUGUUGCCAUUUAGAGUACCAUAUCCUUUCGUGAAAGCCUCUCAGCAUCCACGAGCAAUCGUCAUGAAACCCACUCAUGGGGAUUUCCUCAAUGACUACUAUAACUCCAAAGAUUUGCAUAUAGGGGUCACUAACUCUCAAGGGUAUGUAGUAGAGUUCAGCAUAGAGGGCAUCCGUGCCGUUGACCCUGUGACUAAAAAGUGGAGUGAAUGUGAAACUAGCGUCGACUGGGACCAAUGUCUUUUGUUAGAACAGUUUGAUGAACUGUGGAAUGAAAUCUGGGAUAGUGUGUUAUUAAAAGUGAGCCUGAGAUCUUUGUGGGAGGCAGAAAGGUAUAACGAGGAACGACAUAAUUGCUUUACCUUUGUACUGGCAUUUUUACGAGCACUUGACUGUGGGGAAUUGUCAGAUAGAGCACGCGACCCUAAACUCUUCUGUAAGCGGUAUGUAGUGCCACGAACAUCAGCUGCUGGGAAGUAUAUCUCACUGUAUAGGCAAUUAAAGAGACAAAGCUAUUUCAUACAGAACCAAUGAUAGGCUAUUACAAUUUAUGUAUAAACUAUGUAUUUAUUUAUUGUCAGUUCAGUAUUAUCUGUGAUUUCUCAUAUUUAGAUAAGAAACUUUGAAAUUAAAAUGCAUUUACCUAAAACCAAAUAGAUUAUGUAUGGGUAAUUGAAAUUUCUCAUUUAUUUAAGUAUAUUAAUUUAUUAUUUUUUUAUAAUUUAGAAGUAAAUUUCUCAGAAUAAUAUUAAAAGAAACUAUUACUUAAAUUUUAUGAAAAUUAUAAUAUUCAUUGUGUUUAUAUUUUUUUUACAUAUUAGAAAGGCUAAAAGGAGGCUGUGUUAUUUUUUCGUUUUGUAAAUGGACCAGGCAUAUUUGAUAAUAUUAUACAAAAUUAGAAUAAUUCGCUUUUUAACUUUCAGUACAACAAUGUUUUAUAAGCAAUUCCCACAGGCCUAGUGUUAUUUUUUAAUUUAAUUAGAAAUUAUAUUAUUUCCAGUCUCAACUUAAUCUUCCAAAUGUAUGUGUAAUCAAUCAAAUAGAUUAGCUUAAAUACUUUGAUGUCUAAGCUGAAUGUAGGUAGCACAAGUCAAACAUUCUCAUUAAAAAUAUAAAUAUAAUAAGUAUGUAAUCUUAUAAGAUAGCCAAUGUUACAUUAAGUAAAUGUUGCAUAUCCUUUUAUUAAUAUUAAUCAAACCUUUAUCUACAUAUAUUGAAAACAAUCUGAUACAUAUUUGGUGUCCGUAGGAAUUAUGUGCUGUAGUCAAUUAGUGUUUUCUAAACAUUUACAUUUAUGAUUAUCCUAUAAACUUCUCAUGUACGCUCAAGUCGUUCCAUAUAUGUCUUCUAUAAGGUAAAUGUAGUGUUUUGAUGGUGUAUUUUUCUCUUUAUAACAUAUAUCAUAGUUUAAAUACAAGUAAUAUUUAAAUUAAGAACCGAAAAGUUGUCAUAAUACCUAUAAUCUGAAAAUACAUUUUCUUAAGAAAGUAAAUUUUAAGGAAUUUUAAAUUAAAGUUAUGAAUUGUAUUCAAAUGGAAUUUACAUGUAAGGUGUAUACUAUCAUCAAAUUUAUUUUUAAUGUUUAACAUUUAUUUUUGCUUUUUUUUAUUAAUCUUUAUUUUAUUAUCAAUAAUGCCUAAUAUAGUCAGCCAAAGUAAUGCAUAGCAUUUGGAAAUUAUAUGAUUUAAUAAUAAGCUGCUGUACCCUGUAUUCAUAAUAUAAUUAUGAACAUAGAAAUUUCUCUAUAUUUCUGAAAAAAAAAUGUAAAGUUUGUGAAAAGGCAUAGCACAGAGUUGCUACAAUAUUGAACUAUUUUAAAUUGUUGAUAUUUCCCAAAAACAUUCAUACUACAUAGUAGUUAUAUUUCAGCAAGCUUAUUAUUAUAACUAUUUCUGGUUGUUACUUGUUUAUGUGUGUACAACCAUUUUACACUUUUGUAACAAACAAAGAUAAGACAUUAAAAUCACAAAUACAAUAUAUUAAACUAGUCAAACCGUUCUAAAUCUUAUCCUAAUCCUUUAUAUCAUAUAUAUAUAUAUAUAUAUACAUAUAUGAGCUAUACGAUCUUAUAACAUUAUUACAAAAUAAAGGCUAUUAGGGGUAAAAAUUAUAUGUGAGACCUGAAGUUAAUAUUAUAAAAUCCAGCCAGCAGUGACUUAAUAAAUAGAAAAGAUACUAAAAUAUAAAUAAUUAUAUAUCACUUAAACAAUUACAAUCAUUAUCAAGAUUGAUUUGCAUUUAAAGUUUUUUUAAUUAAAUAUUUUUAUAAUAAUUAUUUAUGUCAAUAAAAAUAAUGCCAAAUCUUUGUUUCAAUAAAUUAUUCUGUGGUGUAAAUAGAUCACAUACAUUUUCUUCCAUUCCAUUGUAUUAAUAAUUUAACAGUAUGUCUAAGGUAUUAAUUAACAAGUUGGUCACUUCUGAAUGUUGAAUAUACUGCCAUAAUUGAAACUUGAAGAUUUUAUAAUAAUAGGUUAAAUUAGUCGGUACAAAUUCAUUGGAAUUGCUUUGUCUCAGAUGUAGUUGGUACUCGUUUCUUAAAUAAGACUUAAUCAAAGACAAGACAGGCUUCAUGAUUCUCAUGCACUUGAGUAAUUCAUGGUUCUGAGCAUUCAUAUUCAUAGUCAAGUUGAAUUAAAUCACUUAUCUAUUCCACCUAUAUUCAUGAAAUCUUGCCUAAUAAUUUAAAACUCGUCUAUAAAUAUGAGUGUUUGUUCCUAUUAUAAUAUUUAUCAUUUAUUAUUGUAUUGAUCUCUAAGACAAUUUUUCUAGGUGCUACAAUUAGAAUAAAAAAAUUGUUAAAAAACUUCGGUACUUUUUUAUUUUCUAUGUUUUGGAAAUAAAUGGCAUAAUUUAU